UGAGCGACAACCGGCAAGCGAAAUUGGCGAUCAGUAAUUAAACACGCGAUCGCCGUUCGGCCAAAAAACAAAAAAAAAAACUUCAAAUAAAAUCAGCAAAUCACAGCAAUAUGGAUUUGAAAAAUAAAAAUGUUAUUUAUGUUGGUGGCUUUGGUGGUAUUGGCUACUGUAGUUGCAAAUGCCUGCUGGAACAAGGGGUGGCUAAUUUGGCAAUUUUAGAUGUGGUUGAGGAUCCUGAAAUGCUUGAGACAUUACAAGCCAUCAACAAAGCUGCCAAUGUAUUCUACAUCAAGCUGGACUUGACAGAUGUGGAGAAUAUCGAAAGUGCCUUUACAGAAGCGCAUGACACUAUGGGCCGAUUUGAUAUUGUGGUAAACGGUAGCGGGAUAAUGAAUGAUCAUGAAAUUGAACGCACAAUACAAAUUAAUUUGUUCGGUGUCAUUUACAGCACUUUUGCGGCUUUGCGUCUGAUGGACAAAUCGAAAGGUGGUCAUGGCGGCCUGAUUGUGAAUAUUUCCUCAAUAGUCGGCUUGGAUGCUUAUGGUGCUUAUGCUGUUUAUACAGCGUCAAAAUAUGGUGUCAAUGGUUUUACUAGAGCGCUCGCAGAUCCAUAUUAUUAUAGUCAAACAAAAGUUGGUUUUAUCACAAUUUGUCCGAGCACUACGGAAACCGCAAUGAUCGCAUCUCUACGCAUGGAGGCGGUGACCACGUUUGAGCGCAUGCCACCACUGCCUAAAACCCUGUGCAACAAUCAAAGUCCGGAAAAUUGUGCCUACAAUUUAGUAACUGCCAUUAAAACUGCUAAAAAUGGUUCGGUGUGGAUUUUGACUGCCGGCAUCUUGAGAGAAUAUCAUUAUCCUGAUAUUUAAGUAGUGAAUUUUAGAAAUAAGCUAAAUUUAGUAAUUUUAUCAAUCAAAAGCACUUUUUCUUAGAAAACCACUAAAAAAUUUAUACCCCGCGCGCGCUUACAGUUGAGCUGGAAGAUGAUUUGAUCAGCAGGAUUAUAAGCGCUAGUGUGACCAAAUGAUCACUAAAAAUUGAGCUAAGUCAGAACUUUUAUGCUGAAAAUUUAAUUUUAAUUUUAAAUUGUUUCGCUCAAAAUUACCCAGUUGGAAAAACCAAAAAAGGUGCCUUUUUCUGAUCUCUUAUAUUGAUCGGCCUUCAGUACUCUAAUGAGACGAGUCCUUUUAUUUUAUGGAAAUGCCAGAGUUUCAGGCCUUCUGAUUCGGCUUCUCUUAGAAGGAGAAAAUUUACAAAAAAAAAAACUUAUUUUUAAAAUUAUACACGCCUAUACCAAUUCAUUCCCUUAUUUGACAUCCGUUGCUUUAAAAACACUCCCUUUCCUGGAGCAGCCUAUUGGAAGAUCUCCUAAUAAAUACAGAAAUAAUUAUGCUUUGCUUUAAAGAUUUACCAUUGCAAUUUAAUUAAUCUUGCAUUUAGGCUACUUGAAUUACCGAAAAGAAAAAGAGCAUUAAAUAUAUGUGGAUAGUUCUCCGCAACACUACAAAGAUUAAAAUUACUUAUAAAAAAGGGUAUCGUUAAAAAAAAUCCACGAAGCUGGAACAAAAAUUCCGGGUCUAGAGCAAAUAUAUGACUGCAAAAUCUAGCUUCAAAAAGACUAGCCUGGUCACACUUUCGCACACAGAGCCGUUUUUUGCUGAGCUGAGAGAUGAACUUAUAGGCAAUCUGAACAAUAAACUCACCGCUUACACGCAAGUGCGCACAAGAAAGAGCUAAGCCAAGAUUAUUCGCUUAGCUAAGCCCUUUCUUGUUUAUUUAGUGCUUAUCAGUUUACUUAUAGUACUUAAGUUCAUCCCUCAUCCCAGCCAUAAGCGCUUUGUCUGUGCGUCCCCUAAGCUUUUUUUUUUGUUUAAUGAAUGCUCCAUGUUUGUUGUUUUAUCGCCUAUCAGCUUGCUGAUCAGCUCGUCUCCCAGGACAGCUGUGUGCGCGGAAAGCUUUAGACUGUAUUUUAAAAGACAAAUUAGCAAAUGAGUUGCGCGGGAAAAAUUUGUACUCCAAAAACUUUUUAGAUAUAUACAAAUAUUUUGAUAGUGACGCACAUAAGGACAAAGUGACUAAUUACGAGGACAAAAAUAGAAAAACAAAAGUCUCUAAAUCUUAUCACACAUACAUUUCUAAUACCCGUUAUAAACCACAAGUCCACAAUGUAACACACAAAUUUUGACUUUUAACGCAA